AUGGGUGAUCAUCCUUACUGGAGACGUUAUCCCCCUUGUGAGUCUGCCCUGUGCCCAGAUCUUUUAUGCUGCAGUUUUAAUCACAAGUACAAGGUGACAUGGCCUGAGCUGGUCGGUGCUGAACCGGAAAAGGCAAAGGCUAUCAUUGAACGUGAAAAUCCCUAUGUAACAGCAGUUAUCCUGUACAGAGGGGCCAAAACAAUCCUGGAUUUCUGCUGCAAUCGAGUUUGGAUCCAUCAGGAUGCAAACAAUCGGGUCGAAUAUGUUCCAAAAGUUGGUUGA